AUACACAAAGCUGAAAACUGCCACCAAUAUCUACAUCUUCAAUUUGGCACUGGCAGAUGCUCUGGCCACUAGUACACUUCCAUUCCAGAGCACCAAGUAUCUUAUGAACACCUGGCCUUUUGGUGAGCUUCUAUGUAAAAUCGUCAUAGCUAUCGACUACUAUAACAUGUUUACCAGUAUCUUCACCCUCACUAUGAUGAGUGUGGACCGUUACAUUGCUGUGUGCCACCCUGUGAGAGCGCUGGAGUUUCGUACCCCCAUCAACGCCAAAAUCAUCAAUGUGUGCAUCUGGAUUCUUUCCUCUGCUGUUGGAGUGCCAGUCAUGAUAAUGGCAGUUACCAGAGUGACAAACCAAGGUGCAACUGUAUGCAUGCUGAAGUUCCCUGAUCCAGACUGGUACUGGGACACAGUGACAAAGAUUUGUGUAUUUAUCUUUGCAUUUGUGGUACCAGUUCUAGUCAUCACGAUCUGCUAUGGUCUGAUGAUCCUACGUUUGAGAAGUGUCCGUCUUCUCUCAGGCUCUAAGGAGAAGGACAGAAGCAUGCGUAGAAUCACUCGAAUGGUCUUGGUAGUGGUGGCUGCCUUCAUUAUCUGCUGGACACCUAUCCACAUCUUCAUCAUUGUCAAAACACUUGUAGACGUCAACCAGAAGAACCCCUUUGUGAUUGCCAGCUGGCACCUGUGUAUCGCACUCGGCUAUACCAACAGCAGCCUCAAUCCUGUCCUCUACGCUUUCCUGGAUGAGAAUUUCAAGAGAUGCUUCCGAGACUUCUGCCCACCCUUCCGAACCAGAGCUGACCAGAAUAGCCUUAACCGAGCGAGGAAUGCCACAAGGGAGCCAGUGUCAGUUUGUGCACCUUCGGAGACAGGAAAGAAGCCAGUAUGACUAGGCCUGGAGAGGAUCCCACGGGGGUCCCAGUCCAGAAGAGUUCAGCAGGACCUGCAAUCUGAGGUCACUCAAAUCUCCACUACUGAAUUCUAGUAAAAGAAUGGAAGAGCCACUUCCUAUAUUUUGGAAAGCAUUCAGCUCCACCGUACUCAAUACUGUCUCAAGUUUUGCAUAUUCAGAAGAUAACCAGAGAAACUGAGUUAAGCAGCUCCUCUCC